UUUUGAAUUGAAAAUUUCAAUGUGCUUUGUCAUUGGAUUAGAACAACUCGUUCCAGUUUCAGUCGAAGUCAACGUUUGUUUAGCUGGAUUUACAAAGCUUGCACACUACAACAGGUUGAUCAUUAAUAUUAUCUUCUGUUUUCAGAAGUUAUCGGCAACAGAUACGAUUAAAACGAAUAUUGAUCAUAAUACAUUAUGGAUGGUUUUUGUGAGGGUCACGAAUGUCUUGGCUACGACGACGUUGUUAUUGGAUUUUCAGCGUUGCGAAACAAGCCUGCCCCGACAUUAUACGCCGCAAACCCUACCCCCGUUAGAGUCGAUGUCCUCGAAGUAGGCUUCAUCUUUGCGGCUGUCAUUGUCUUUGUAUCAUAUCUCAUCAUUUUGCCCGGAAUCAGGGGUUGGGAGCGUAUGUGCUCAUUCAUCCGGGUGACCACUAGUUUAUUCAUUGGCACAGCUAUAAUGAUAUCAAUUUAUGGACAAGAAUGGGAAGUUGCUUCAUUACAUGGUGUGGAAACAGCAUACAAAGCUUUCUUCAGAGAAGAGAUCCACGACGCUGAGAUCGAAGUGAAAGUUGGCCUAUAUGCUGUUAACAUAACCCUAAAAACUGAUCCGAUCCAGCCGUUCUUGAAAAAUGAACAUGCAGAAUUUCCCAAUGAGACCAUCAAUUAUAAUGAACGUUUCCACUUUUACGGUGGUCAGGGACGCACCGGAUUUGGACCUUUUGCUGGACGUAUUAAUCGUGAGUUUCGAGCGGCACAGUGGCGUGGUAUGCCACUCCCUAUAUUGUGGAUUGCAGAAUACUUUGUCCUGGAUGGAGAAAAAAUCCGUUGGGGUCGAUCUUACCGCAUGGCAGGUUACUACACCUACAUUAUGUUAUGGACGGCUUUUCCCUUGUGGCUUCUUUCAAACAUUCUGUUUUUCAUGGUCCUGCGGUAUGGAGCUUACUUUCUGAUGCUAACAGGAGGGAGUCUCCUAACUGGGAACAUAAUCUAUAGUAGCAUUCGAUAUGGAUCACAACCAUUGGCAAUACCUUUCGUUACUUAUGAUGACCCGACAGCCAAACUUGAAUUCCACAAAGGUCCCCACUUUAUGCUGUGUCUUUUCACUGGACUGAUAUCAUUUAUUUGUGGACUGGUUAUUCUAAUAAUGGACAUGCAAUUCCCACAAGUCAUAGCGACAUUUUUUAAUAUUGAUGUACUUCAAGAUUUCGAAGACACAUAUGCUGAAGAUAAAUCAUCAUUCGAUACCAAUGGUUCAGCACCAGAAUAUGCAAAUGUUACAGCUUUAAAUUCGUCUGGAAUACCCAACGCUUUGGAUAAUGGUGAAAAGGUGAUUUGUUUUUGCACUAUUGAAAUAAUAAUAAUUUAAUUAAGCGUAAGCGAAUUUGACCAACUCUCGAAUGAAUAUAUGUAUGUAUGUAUGUAUAUAU